ACGCUUGUUACGUUCCAACGGAAGUGUUGUGACGUCGCGUUAAUUGGUCCGAAAAUCCAGCUGACUGUUAUUUAGGAAGGACUGGGAGGAAGCUUUACUUUGGCGGCUAUCUCAAAACAGAGAGCAUGGAGUCGGCUCGAAAUGGCAGCAUUUGUAGACAUUUCCUUAAAGGAACAUGUCGCUUUGGGCCAAGAUGCAUCUUCCGUCACGAAGCACCACAUAUGCCACCAUCCCAGAUAUGUAGAUAUUUUCAGAAAGGCAGUUGCUGGUAUGGUGACCGAUGCAGGUAUCUCCAUGUUCUUCUGCCCAACAUGGACCCAACUUCAACAUCUAGAAGGAGUUCAGAGCCGGCCGUCUCCUUCGGUGCUGCAGUCACUGCAUCAUUAGAACGAAGAGGGAUUCGACGACCUCUCCCACAAAACGCUGCUCCCACGCAGGAAUCCAACACAUCUGGGUCAACCUCUACUCUCUCAAACAACCAGCCUAUUCGCCACCUGUCAGAAAAUAUUACAGAAGAGCAGACACAAGAACCUGGCUCUGCGUUUGUUCGGAGCUCAGAAGUUUCUCAAGCAAGUGCAUCUCAUGGCAGGACUAAGGUAAAAGAGUCGUCUCAGGAGCCACUCAGUGGGGCUGCUGGUGCCUCCAGUGACCAAAGUGAAGUGGAGGACAUUGAGGCUGUUCUGCAGAGUAAAGAUAUGACUUGUGGCAUCUGCAUGGAGAAGGUGUAUGACAGAACAGAUGCUAAAGACCGGGUUUUUGGCAUCUUGCCGAACUGCAAUCAUUCGUUCUGUUUGCAAUGCAUCUUGACUUGGAGGAAAACAAAAGGAUUUGGGUCGGAUGUUGUAAGGGCUUGCCCACAGUGCAGAGUAAAGUCUGCUUUUUACGUGCCAAACAAAUACUGGGUUGAAGGACAAGCAAAGGAAAAUGUCAUUUCUGCAUUUAAGAAGAAGUGCAGUAAGAAAAGAUGCUUCUUCUAUGACCGAUACGGAUACUGCCCCUUCAAAACGGAGUGCCAUUAUCAGCAUGUUAAGAAGUCAAAUCCUCUGCCCUUCUUGUAUAUGUCUGACGAUGAAGAUGACGACGGUCAAGAUCUUCUAAGUCUUUUCAUAAUGAUGUCCCUUCUUGGUGCUGAUGAGGAUUCAGAUGAUGACCUUUCGUUUUACAUGGAUGGAGAGUUUGGGUUUUGAAGGUCUUGGCUGUGUCCGUCUUUGUAUCGUUGGAACUUGUGCUAAAACACAAGUAGUUUCUAGAAUAUCAGGGAUAUAACUGGGUUCUUAGUGUUUGAGGGUUUUUGACAGUCUCAAACAGCAGCAGGAAGUUCUAAGUGCCUUCUUUUUGACCAGUUUUCAAACAUUGCAGUUGCACAAUUUAAAGUACAUCUCACUACUCAACAGUCAUUCAUUCACAUAUUUAAAUUUAGUUUAGUUUUAUUUUUAAAUCCCUGAUCUUGUUGGUCACUUGUUUUUUUUUCUAAGUGGAGUUGAUUUUCCUUUCCAACAGCUUUAGUCCUACAGACACAUUGCAGGGUUUUUUCCCCACUCUCACUGCUGAGUGUUUAGUAUAAAUUUGUGACCCACUUGGUUGGAUAUAUUUUUAAAAAAAAUAUGCUGAAAUUGUUUUAAUUCCCUAAAGAAAGCUGUACUGUAUCCACUUGGAUUUUGAUACAGAAUAUGUGGUUGAAGUGAUAACAGUGACUUGGUACGUUUUGGGGAAAGCGUGAAGAAAUUUUUAUUCCUUUUUAAACCAGCUGUACUUGUACACAAAAAAUAAAAGUUUUCACACUGUCUCACUUAAAA